AUGAAGUUUUUGGUGUUGCCUCACCAGCUGCCUCAUCCUCUGAUUACAGGUCCCCUGUUUUCUCCAGAUGAUUUAGAACGCGUUCUCGAGCCGCGGGUCGUGGUCCAGCUCGCCAGAGUCCAGCUUGGCCCGUCGCCAGACAACAGGGGCUUCGUCCGCAUUCCCGCCCUUGCUUACACCAACGCCGACCACGGCUGCGACGUCCUCGAUGUGCCAGCUGAAUGGGAUUCUCCCCAACUCCUCGAGUUUUGCGGUUUCGCCCCAAAUGUCGCCGACCAGUACUACCAAAUUUGGAAGGCGCGGAGGAGUGCCGAAGAACCUGAUGGAAUCCUCUCUGGCACUGCUUUCGACGACUUGCUCGUCGACGUCGCCCUUGAUCUCAUGAGAACGCCCGAAUACGAUGUGCUCUAUGCUAACGGCGAUUGGGAGGGCGCGCUCAAAGAGCUUGGGAUGGCGGAAGACAUCAUUGCCUCCAUCAUGGAUCCUCGUUACGAGAAGAUUCGAAAUCUCGCCGACCCGUACCACUGGGUCAGAGAUACUGUCGUCAACAACUACGAAUUUCUGGUCAACCUCAACGAGCGCAUCGUUGCUCGCCGAGACUUCCUUCGCGGCAUCAGGAACUGUCGCGUCAAGUCCCGGGAGCCCUCACCCACGCUCAAGGACCCCACCGAGGCCCCUAACGUGACGGCCUACUAUAUACCGGCCCCCUUUCACACUAUUCAAAAGGCCUUUAACAGCGGUGGUAUGCACAGCUAUCCAGGCUUCCUUGCCUCCACCGAUUCCGAGUUCCAUCCAGCCGGCGAGCACUAUAUCCACCUGCUCGCCGACAAGGAGCUCGCCAGCGAUGUGGCUGGAUAUAUCGCCAGCCGCAGCCGCAGCAAGCAAGCCGCCCUCUUCAAGGUGGCUUUCCCUAAUGAUAACCUCGCUCCCGAGGUCAGGAGCCCGCCACGCAUCGCGACUGGCAGGGUCUGUCGCGCCAAGGCCCGGUUCGGGGCCCUACUCCCGAAAUCGCUCCAACACUACGCCGACAUGCCCUUCUUCAAGGCCCCCUUUUGCGGCUUGUCGGAGGCCAAGCCACCAGGAAGUGCAGCCUUUGUCCUGGAUGACGGCAAGAUUGCCCACCAGCUCGUCCUUCAGACUGACAAGGCACGCGAAUUCUGGUGGGACCGCAUGGCUGAGCGUGUUGUCGUCGAGACGGUUUCGGAUGUUGCUAGUGAGCUGGCGCCUCUCAUCUCGAGCUGA